UUGUGUUAUCGUUAACUUCACUCAUGUGACAGGAGCGAAAAAGAAGGUAUUUGUGUAGAAAAAUAAUGAUAAGCCAAUUUGGACAGGAGCUCUACAAAGUGCCGCAUCGCAUUUUAGACCAUCGUGUAUUUGUCAAUGGUGAAAUCGAAUCAUUUCUCGACAAUUUCGAAGUGAAGCGCAACGAUAGCGAAGUCGAGAAACUUUUUCAGGUCACCGAAAUUGUGGGUUCGCUCAAAUACGAUUUAUCCGAGCGUUGUGUUGCAUUAGGUAACGAAAAGCUCACCCAACUAGCGACCAGUGUUAACGAUUUGUUAAGCGGCGUCGAUGCGCUUCUAGAUCAAGCAAAAGUUGAACGAACUCCCAGCGCCGAAUUGCAGGAGGCUCGACGUGCGCGUGAGCAACGCAAAGCGGAGUUUGUCAACAAUUUGCAGCACGGCUAUCAACGUUUGGACAAUUCGUUUCAAGAAAAAGAAGAGGAAAUCGCUGAACUCUACUCAGAUCUGCAGCUGAAGCUAAAUAUUACCAAAUAA